GGACGGGGUGGGCAGCGCCUUCCGGGACAACGCGUCGCUGGCGGCGGUGCUGGAGCCUCUCGGGGACCCAGUCCUGCCAGAAGAUGCUCGUGCCUGCUCGGACUGGCUCGCCGACGCGUCCGCCAAGGUGCUGGGCGCCUUAUCUACCGUGGAACAGAAUGAUUUAUUUUGUAGUUGUACUUCGACGUGCGAUGCCGCGUGCGCGGUGGCAGAUGCCCGCACGUCCUUCCAGUGGGUGGGUGCUUUCUUUGCCAUCUGGAUGAUUGUCUCGAUGCUUGUGCUGGUCGGGGUCGCCAAGGAGC